AUGCCAUAUGGCUGGGAGCAGGAGACGGAUGAAAAAGGACAAAUAAUUUAUGUUGACCACAUCAACAAGCGCACCACGUACUUUGACCCACGCCAGGCUUUUACAGUGGAGGAUGUGAUGGUGAAGCCGAAACGCUACGAUGGAAACACYGCCGCCCUGGAGAUUCUGCAGGGCCGCGACCUGUCCGACAGGGUGGUCCUCAUCACUGGGGGAAACUCCGGCAUCGGCUUUGAAACUGCUAGAUCUUUUGCUCUACAUGGUGCCCAUGUGAUUCUGGCGUGUCGAAACCUGUCCCGGGCCAGCAAGGCAGUUAGCCUCAUACAGCAGGAGUGGCACAAAGCGAGAGUAGAGGCCAUGAUGUGCAACCUGGCUUCUCUCCGGAGUGUUCGGGAGUUUGCGGAGUCUUUCAAGGCCAAAAAACUACCUCUGCACAUUCUGGUUUGUAACGCAGCCGUGUGCACUCAGCCCUGGACCCUGACCGAAGACGGCCUGGAGUCCACCUUCCAGGUCUGCCACCUUGGUCACUUCCUCCUUGUGCAGAGCCUGCAGGACGUCCUGCGUCGUUCAGCUCCUGCUCGGGUUGUGGUUGUGUCCUCGGAGUCCCACAGGUUCACAGACCUGCUAGACUCGUGUGGAAAGGUGGACUUGGCCCUGUUGUCCCCCGCAAAGAAGGAGUACUGGUCCAUGCUGGCGUACAACCGCGCCAAACUCUGCAACGUCCUCUUCAGCAACGAGCUCCACCGCCGCCUUUCACCUCAUGGCGUGACCUCCAACGCAGUGCAUCCUGGGAACAUGAUCUACACGUCCAUUCACCGGAGCUGGUGGCUGAUGACCUUCCUCUUCACGCUGGCCAGACCUUUCACCAAGUCUCUGCAACAAGGUGCGGCCACCGUGGUGUACUGCGCAGUGGCUCCGGAGCUGGAGGGUUUGGGCGGCAUGUACUUCAACAACUGCUUCCGCUGCCAGCCGUCCGAGCAGGCCGAGGAUCCGAGCAGCGCCGCCAGCCUGUGGGAGCUGAGCGAGCGCCUGGUUGCAGAGCGGUCAGCGGGGGUACAGGCCCUUUAAGGGGGGGGGGUGUUCAGGGGGCGGCAAGUCAAACAGGAAUCAAAGAGGAAGCAGUUGACUUAGGUAUGAACUUACUAAAGGACUGACUGCACUACACGAAAGCUGCCAAACCACAAAACUCCAUCUGGAUGUGUCACGUCACUACUGAGCUAAAACACACUACAUACAUGGUAACUGGUGGGGUUUUCAUUUACAAUCAACUCAAUGAGUCCAAGUUUUUAGUCGGCUCUGCUUUGUUCGUUUAAAAGGAUGUAUUUUCUGGAGGCUUUUUGCAACUCUUCAACUUGGAAAAAAGAAAACACCUUAUGUGUUAGCAUUCACACUUUGUGCAUGAGAUUAUUGCACUGGUCAGAAAAAUUUAGUCUUCCCAUUUCAGUUCUGUUGCUUCUGCAGUCAUUUUACUGGUUGUUACCAAAUCCUUUUUUGGGGCAAAAAGAAAUAAAAACGAGUGGGCAUCGGACACUCAUGGGUAUACAAACAGACUAGAGGUAUGGUUGUUAUGGCUAUAUACAUUAUUUGCAAUAAUUUUAUUUCUUAUCAACGUCCCUAUUUGUUGUCUGUACAGUAUUUACAACCUCCUGAUUUGUAGGGGUGGGCUUAAUUGUUUUUUUUUUCUUUUAUCAAACUGAACUAUCUUUCAUUUGUACUCUGUAAAGACAUAAUUAAAACGUGGAGAUAUGUGGAAUGAUUUUUUUGGCAAUCUGAAUYGAGACGGUGGCGAGUUUUAUUUACAACUACAAGGUGUUUCGUUUCGGUGUGUCUUCCUUUGCUGUUUUAAACAGAAUUUCCGGCUCCUCGUUAGUUUUUAAAUCACGAUCUUUAGUGUUGAACUCUGAAUUUGGGGUUUUUCUGUGGACUGGUUUUCUCAAAGCCGCUGGGAGGGGUGGGGAGCUUUUUGAGACAUUGUGCUUUAUGGCAGUCCAGGUGCCGUAGGUUGUUCAAGAAACAGCAUUCCAGGGUUAAGACAUCUGUAAGAAAAGRAGAGAGAAGAAAAAAAAACAAACGUUACGACUGAGAACAACCAAUAAAACUCUGCUUUUGCUUUGAA